UAAGCAUUGUUUACUCAACACCGUCCGUCGAUUCUAAUUCAGAAGAUUCUUUAACACUGAAUAGAAAAUUUUUAGACAUAAUGGGAAUUAUUGUUAUCAUUCAUCCGUACAUUAUAUUUAUUCCAUUUGUGUUAUUAUCUGGAUAUUAUUCUGAUAUCAACGAUUUGGAAAAUGCAAUGCUUUAUUUUAAAGCGCAUUAUAUAUGCUGGACAGUUUGCGCCAUUCUUUAUAUUGCUCUAUUAUCUUAUCUUUAUUAUAGGCUCAUUUAUGUAAUUAAUUAUCAAAUUAAAAAUAUUAAACAUUAUGAUGCCAAUAAUCCUGAUCUUAAUUCCUGGAAGAGGGCUAAAAGAAAUAUAAAUGGUUCAUUGUUAUCUAUAAUUGGAGGAGUAAUAUUCCAAACCAUUCUUUCAAUAUCAUUUGCCGUUUCCUAUAAAGAAAUGACUAUAUUUAUUGAUGGAGUAAAUUUCUUAUAUUAUUUAUGUUGGAAUAUAAUUAUUCCAUUUAACGGAUUUAUUAGUGAGAUAGUAUUUUUAUACAAGUAAGCCAAAAUGGUUGCUCACAUUAAAAAGUAAUCAGAGUCAAACAAAGCAUUAUGAAACUAAUAUUGAUGAUAGCAAUGUUAGUAUUAUUGGAUACUGAUGACUCCAUCAUCAUAUACAUUUUUUGUAAAAUUUGUUUUAUUAAAAACACGAUAAAAAAUUGUAGUAAAGCUUAAGUUCACGUGAUAUAAAUCUCCACCCCAAUAUACUUUUUUGGUAAUAAUUUAUUAGGACAAAUUUAUCCUGAACGAGUUUAGGUUUAUAUAAUAAAUUUUUUA